AUGGCGCGUAAGACUGAGUGCUGUCGGCUCAAUGGUCUGGAGAUCUCCCUCAUAGUUCUCUUCCUUUUGAUGACAGCGGUCUCAGUGGGGUUAAUAACAGUCCUGGCCCUCAAACUGGAUUCAGAAAAACAGGAAGUGACUCCAGAGGAGCCGAGCCCAUCAGUGGAUCCUCCAGAGAACCCUUAUCUGAUUGGUGUGGGUCGAGCUGACUGUACCGGGCCUGUGGCCGAUCUGCCCAUGAUGGGUUACGCUAAUACUGAGCAGACGGUGAGAGGGAUCCAUACACGUCUGUUCAGCCGAGCCUUCAUCGUGGACGAUGGCAGUAAAAGAGUGGUGUUCAUCACUGCAGACAUUGGCAUGGUCUCUCAGAGGCUGAGGCUAGAGGUUCUGCAAGAGCUUAAGGCGAAAUACGGAGACCUGUACAGACAGGACAAUGUGGUCAUUAGUGGCACACACACACAUGCAGGCGUGGGUGGCUAUUUCCAGUACACCCUCUUUAUGAUCACCAGUAAAGGCUACAUUAAGCCGUCUAUACAAGCCAUCGUCAGUGGAAUAGUCAAGAGCAUUGAUCUAGCUCACAGGAAUUUGAGACCUGGACGAAUUUUUAUAAAUAAAGGACAACUAGUCGACAGCAACUUGAACAGAAGCCCACAUUCAUACAUGAACAACCCUGAGGAGGAGAGAAACAGAUAUGAAUUCAACACAGACAAGCAGAUUGUCAUCCUGAAAUUCACAGAUCUGGAUGGGGAUGGUAUGGGCUUGCUCAGCUGGUUUGCUGUUCAUCCCGUCAGUAUGAAUAACACCAAUCGCAUGGUGAGCUCAGACAACCUCGGCUACGCCUCUUAUGCCUUCGAGCAAGAGAAAAACAUUGGCUUUCUACCCGGUGAGGGUCCUUUUGUAGCCGGCUUUUCCUCCAGUAAUCUUGGAGAUUCAUCUCCCAACAUUCUCGGCCCCGUCUGUGUGAACACAGGCGAGAAGUGUGACUACCUUAACAGCUCCUGUCCCAUCGGUGGAAAAAAAGAAUGCUUAGCUUUUGGACCGGGUGAGGACAUGUUUGAAAGUACCAGGAUGAUAGGAGAGAAUAUGUACAAAAAAGCAAAGGAGCUGUACAGCAGAGCAAAGCAGGAGCUACAUGGGCCCGUUUACGGCGCACAUCAGUGGGUCAACAUGACCGAUGAGACUGUCCCAUUGAACUCAACUCAUACAGUGAGGGAUACAAAUGGAGAUCCUUUCUGGGAUGGAAUAAGAGAUGCAGUUUUGGGACCGCCGUCCAACGAGACCACAGCUUGUCAUCGGCCUAAACCAAUCCUCUUCAGCACUGGGGAGAUGAAUUCGCCCCUCCCAUGGCAUCCAGCCAUUGUGGACGUUCAGAUCAUCACUAUUGGCUCUUUAGCCAUAGUUGCGGUCCCAGGAGAAUUUACUACCAUGUCAGGGAGAAGAAUACGAGAGGCAGUCAAAAAGGAGUUGGAGGUGAAAGAGUCUUUCGCUAAUGCAGAAGUGGUCGUUGCUGGUCUGUGCAACAUCUACACCCACUACAUCACAACAUAUGAAGAGUAUCAGAUCCAGCGAUAUGAGGGCGCAUCCACUAUUUUUGGCCCUCACACUCUCUCGGCUUAUAUCCAGCGCUACAGAGGCCUGGCCAAAGCUAUAGCUCAUGGAACAAUAAGAGAUCUGCCGAAAGGUCCUGAUCCCCCUUUCUUUGAUGAAGACAAACUUUUUAAUCAAGUGAAGGACCCAGUGGCAGAUUUAGCACCAGCUGACACCGUAUUUGGUGACAUCUUAGAGCAGGUUAACCCUUCCUAUAAAGUGGGAGAAAUUGCAUCUGUCACAUUUGUCGCUGGAAACCCGAGACACUCUGGAGAUAUUAGAGAUAAGACAUUUGUCACAGUGGAGAGGUUUCACAACGACACCGACUCAUGGGAAAUAGUUCACACAGAUGCAUCGUGGGAAACGAGGUUUCACUGGAUUAAAGGACUUGCUGGCCGGAGUCAGUCAAAAGUGGAGUGGCACAUCCCGCUCACGGCACAGACAGGAACCUACCGGAUUCAACACUUUGGACACUACAAACAAAUCAUGGAUAACAACACCAUCACCACACCAUAUGUGGGCACUUCUGAUGCUUUCAAAGUCACCAAAAGUUUUUACUACUAUUGAUCAGUGUAUCACUGAGAAAGAUCAUUAGAUGCGAGGCUGACAGAUAUUAGCUGCUCAUAAGGCAGUGUUCAAUUAACUUAAUAACUAAACGUUGUUGUUCUUUACAUUGUCUUUAAACUUUCAUACAGUGAGAGUACUAAAAUGUAAAAUUCACAGACACUGCCCUGCUAAAAAAAAAAAACAAUAGAAAUGUAUUAGAUAACCAAUAAAAUGUAUUGGUUUUAAUGAAAACUGUAAUGGUGCCUGUGGUUUUCUCCUUGUAAUUGGUCACCUUCUAUUGAUGGCUUGAUAAAACCAAUAAAACCUAAUGGAAUA